CACAUUCACAUUCCUUUUUUUUUCUUUCGAAAUUUCAAUGUCAAUGGGGUGCAGCUUAGGGCUUCGUCCUCCUCAGUUCUCCGAGGAUUUAGUUUGGCUUCCUGGUUGGCUUCAGCAACAUCAAGCAGAACCAUUCGAUGAGCACAUAAAGGAAACUCAAAUGCCUUCUGAGCUAGCAAUUAAGGGUUUGAGUUCUUUUCAAGGAAACAUUGGUGUAAGUAAAGAUGCAAAUCUUUUAGCAAGGGAAGAAGGUAGAUAUAACAACUGUCAUUUAUUCUUAUCUGGGGAAAACAGUUCAGAAAUUAGUUUUUCUCCAUCUCCUGGAAAUGUAAGUUUUUAACCAUAUUGGCCAAAAAGUAAUUCUAAAAUUCUGGGUUCUGCAAACAUUAUUAUAUUUCUGAAUGAAUUUGCAAGUUUAGGCUUAUCUCCUAACUUUGACCUGCAAAAUGAUGUGUUUUCUC